GAAAACACAUGCGGAAUUUCUGUGCUUUGCUGCUAUUGGCGAGUGCCGCACGGCACGGUGCUGCUGCGGAAACAUGGAACUGUAAUGUGACUCAGAACCAACCUGGGCAUGUCCAAUUGGAUUGCAAUGGGCAGCUAUUCAUUCCAAUGCACCACAGCGAUAAACCGCAGGUCUUCACGCAAGUCUGGUUCAUCAUUUGUGGCUGCGCAUUUGGUUGCAUUCUUUGUGCUGCUUUGGCCGCUGGCCUUACGUUGGGUCUCACCUCCAUGGAGGAGUUUGAGUUGAAGGUUCUAUGCAACCAUUUGGUCGAUGAAAUUGAGCCAAAUGCUACUCCAAGGAGUCGACAAGCAGCGCAGAGAAAACUUGAAUACGACCAGUCCUGUGCAAAGCGAAUUUUGCCAUUGAUUUCAGGGACGUUUAUGCAGACCACGAAAGAGAGCUGGGCUCAUGCAUUGGAUCCAAGCAAUCAACACUACCUGUUGGUCACCCUCUUGCUACUCAAUGCUACUGCAAACGAAGCGCUUCCGCUUUUCUUGGAUAGGUUGGUUCCUUCUUGGAUGGCGUGCUUGUUGUCAGUCACAGUUGUGCUCUUCUUUGGUGAGAUCAUUCCAUCUGCGGUCUUUACUGGGCCAAGGCAGCUGUCACUUGCGGCCGCGCUGUCUCCGCUGGUGGGCUUCGCCAAACGCAUUUUCGCACCGAUCGUGCUGCCUAUCAGUUUGAUGCUGGACAAGGUGCUGGGUCAUUCAGAAGAUCCUUACUCCAGGGCGCAGAUCAAAGCUUUGAUUAGGACCAUCCACACACAAGAGAGCAACCUGGAGAUUGAUGAGGCCAACAUGUUGCAGGGUGUCCUGGAGAUGCAUCACAAGAAGGCCCAGGAUAUUGCAUGGCCGGUCAAGGAAGCCAAGAUGGUACCCCAUGAUCGGCUCCUGACCCAAGAGUGCGUCAAUGAGAUCAUGGACUGGGGGCAUUCCAGGCUCUUUAUUUAUCGUAAAGAUGCGUCUGAUCCAGACAGAAAGGACGACAUCAUAGGUGUGGUGCUGGUGAAGAAACUCAUUGGUAUCUCAGUGGCCCCCACAGAUGUCGUUCAUGGUCCAGAGUCGAAGUACAGAAUCGGGAACUUGCUGCACGCAGUCAAGCGCCCCGUGGUGCUCAGCCCUAACGAAAAUCUGCUGGCCACACUCAACAAGUUUCAGAGUGGAACUUGCCAUUUGGCCAUGAUUUCACCAAGACCAGAUGAUUGCAUGGAGGCCUUGCGUUGCCAGGUUGCAAUCCCAGAGGACGCUCGACCAACGAUGUUUUGUUCUCUGGAGGAUGUGAUUGAGGAGAUGCUCAAAGAAGAAAUCUAUGAUGAAGAGGACAAGGAGCUUCAAAGACACGCGCCAGUGGCACCAGAAGAUUCUUCUCCUGCUAAGAGGGCCCGCAACCUGAUGCUCAAUAUCAAGGUUGGACGACGCUUCGAUUCGAGGUUUCGUCGAUCACUGUCAGACGUUUGCAAGGAAAGGACCAGGACCGGUUCUAUGCUGGACGUGGAGGUUGGUGAAGGAGCGGCCACCACUCCAUUGUCCCCAACUACUAAGAGGCUGAAAAAGGCCAGCUCAAGGGGCAAAGGCGCAUGGAAAGCCUUCACAGAGUUGCCAUCAAAGAUGUCGGAGCACUUUGGUGAAGCCAAAGGAGAAGAAUCCGCACCAUAUACACGUAUGUGAAUGGAAAAUGAGGAACCCCUGAGGAUGGGCAAACAAACGAAGUUGCCCUACCUUGCGAGACUCGCGCUAUUGCUUAGUCAUUAAGUUUGUUGAGUCACCCCUUCUCCUGCAAGUCUUCCGGAAGAGCCAAUUGCGGCUACUUUUG